UAUCCAACGUUAUUUCUUCUUCUUUUUUCCUAUGUGUCUGUCUAGAUGAACACAUAUCUUGAGCAACUCAGUUAUAUGGUUAAAUGGAUAGGGAAAGAAUAGAAGAUGGAUUUACAACAACUGAUCCUUUGCUUUCUAACCAUGAAGAUACUCUGGCGCCAGCCACAGCCGCCGUCGUAUUCAGCACCUUGGUUGCCGUCUCCGGCUCCUUUGUUUUUGGUUCUGCUGUGGGAUUUUCUUCACCUGCUCAGACUGGGAUAAUAGAAGAGCUAGGUCUCUCAGUGGCAGAGUACUCUGUAUUUGGUUCAAUAUGGACAAUUGGAGCAAUGAUAGGUGCUGUAAUGAGUGGAAAACUAGCAGAUCUCUUUGCCCGGAGAGGUGCAAUGGGCCUCUCCGAGAUGUUUUGUCUUGUGGGAUGGCUUGCAAUCAUUUUUGGAAGGAAUGCUUUAUGGCUUGAUAUUGGGAGGUUGUUAAUGGGGUAUGGAGUUGGCGUUAUUUCAUACGUGGUUCCUGUAUAUAUAGCGGAAAUAACACCUAAGAAUCUCCGAGGCGCAUUCACAACAGUUAAUCAGCUAAUGAUAUGCUGUGGAAUGUCACUUAUGUAUGUAAUUGGAGUAAUCAUCAAUUGGCGCCUACUUGCUCUUAUUGGAACUAUUCCAUGUAUAAUACAACUGGGUGGCCUAUUUUUCAUACCAGAAUCUCCUAGAUGGCUGGCUAAGGCUGGCCAGUGGAAAGAAUGUGAAGCUUCUCUCCAGCGCCUUCGGGGGAGGGAUGCCAAUAUAUCAGAAGAAGCUGCUGAAAUUAAAGAUUACACAGAAACUCUUCAAAAACUCUCCGAUGCUAAGAUGAUUGAUUUAUUCCAAAAAAAAUAUGCACAUUCUCUUAUAGUUGGAGUGGGCUUAAUGGUAUUGCAACAAUUUGGAGGGGUCAAUGCUAUUGCAUAUUAUGCAAGUUCUAUUUUUGAGUCAGCUGGUUUCUCCGGUAGGAUAGGAUCAAUUGCAAUGGUGGUUGUACAGAUCCCAAUGCAAGUUUUAGGAGUUCUCUUGAUGGAUAAAUCAGGAAGGCGUCCAUUACUGUUGGUAUCUGCAGCAGGCACAUGCUUGGGUUGCUUUCUUGUAGGAUUGUCAUUCUUAUUACAGGAUCUUCAACUUUGGAAGUCUAGCCCCUUAUUGGCACUUGUUGGUAUACUGGUUUUCACUGGAUCAUUCUCAUUAGGCAUGGGAGGUAUACCGUGGGUGAUUAUGUCAGAGAUAUUUCCAAUUAACGUCAAAGGUUUAGCUGGAAGCCUUGUGACAGUAGUCAAUUGGUUCGGUUCUUGGAUCGUCUCAUAUUCGUUCAACUUUCUUAUGCUAUGGAGCUCUGAAGGAACAUUCUUCAUAUUUUCAGCAGUAUGUGGUUUGACAAUUAUGUUUGUCGCAAAACUGGUUCCGGAGACCAAAGGCCGCACCUUGGAAGAAAUACAAUUGUCGAUGAAUUCCUAUCUUAACCAGUCAUGAAUUGUAUGUUCUAUGCGAUACAUUAAUGUCUUGGUAUAUUUCUUUGUUUCUUAAAUCCUUGGAAUUUGUUCACAAGUAUUAGUGAUAUAGUAAUGAAUAUACUGCUUCAAAACA